CCCUUCUUAUACCCCUUCUCAGUUUCCUCACCAAUUGAUGAAAAAACAAUGGUGGGAACUCCAAAUCCACCAGCCAAAUUAUCUCUAUCCUCUCUCCUCACACUCCUCCCUAACUUGUUCAAAUUCAACAAAUUCUCCGAUGCAAAAUCCCACCUACUCUCUUUUAUUUCCUGUGAUUCUCAACACACUCUUCACAAUCACCUUCUUCACCCUUCAUCUCACCUCCCUUCUCCUACAAAAGCCCUCUAUGAUACUGCAAUUGCUGCUUAUUGUCAAUUAGGAAAUCCCCAUUUUGCCCUUCCCGUCUUCAAGAAGAUGAAGCGUCUGAAACUCAAGCCAAAGUUGCUGACUUGCAACACCUUGCUAAAUUCAUUUGUAAAGUACCCUUCUUCCCAUUCUCUUUCUAGUUGUAGAGAAUUGUUUGAUGAUAUGUCUCGAAUAGGUGUCGCCCCUAAUGUUAAUUCAUUUAAUAUUUUGAUUAAUGGGUAUUGUUCGCAAUUUCGAUUUAAGGAUGCUAUGGAUGUGCUUAAACUUAUGGGUGAGUCUAGUUGUUUUCCUGAUAAUGUAACUUAUAAUACUAUUUUAGAUGCUUUGUGUAAGAAGGGUAGGUUGAAUGAAGUUAGAGAUUUGUUGGCUGAUAUGAAGGAUAAAGGGUUGGUUCCUAAUAGGAAUACUUAUAAUAUAUUGAUUAAUGGGUAUUGUAAGAUGGGUUGGUUGAAGGAGGCGGCUCAAGUUAUAGAUUUGAUGACGCAGAAUAAUAAUCUGCCUGAUGUUUGGACUUAUAAUAUGUUGAUUAAUGGGUUGUGUAAUGAUGGGAAGAUUGAUGAGGCUUUUAGGAAGCGAGAUGAGAUGAAUAAGUUGAAAUUGUUGCCGACUGUAGUUACUUAUAAUACGUUGAUUAAUGGUUGUCUUAAGUUUAGGGAUAGUAAAGAGGCAUUUGGAUUGAUGGAUGAAAUGAGUGAUAGGGGAGUUGAGAAAGAUGUUGUUACUUACAACAUAAUGAUUAAGUGGUUUUGUGACCAAGAGAAGAUUGAGGAUGCAACAGAUGCAUUGAAGAAGAUGGAAGAGAGUGGGGUUUUGCCGGAUAGUGUGACUUAUAAUACUUUGAUUAAUGCAUACUGCAAAUUGGGGAACUAUGGAGAAGCUUUCAAGAUUAUGAGUCAGAUGGGUAGGAAGGGCUUAAAGAUGAAUACUUUUACAUUAAAUAUGUUUCUUCAUACUCUUUGUGAGGACAAGAGGCUUGAUGAGGCUCACCAGCUUCUCAAUAGUGCCAUUAGACGGGGUUAUAUGCUUGAUCAAGUGAGCUAUGGCACUUUGAUGACAGGGUACUUCAGGGUUGAAAAGGAGGAAAGUGCUGUGAAGGUCUGGGAGGAGAUGAAAGAGAAAGGGAUCAUUCCAAGUAUUGCCACUUAUAAUUCUUUUAUUGCAGGACUCUGCAAAUUAGGAAAAACUGACCAAGCAAUUAACAAGUUGAAUGAACUUCUAGAGAAUGGACUUUUCCCAGAUGAGACUACAUACAACACCAUUAUCCAUGGGUACUGCUGGGAGGGUAAGGUUGAGGCAGCGUUUCAAUUUCACAACAAGAUGGUGGAGAAUGCAUGUAAGCCUAAUGUGUAUACAUGUAAUAUUCUUCUACGUGGACUUUGCACUGAUGGAAUGCUCGAAAAAGCUAUUAAGCUGUUCCAAACAUGGGUUUCAAAAGGCAAAGAAGUUGAUGUAGUCACUUAUAAUACAUUGAUAACUAGUCUAUGCAAGGAAGAAAGACUUGAAGAUGCAUUUAACCUCGUCAAGGACAUGAAGGAAAAUGAGCUGGAACCAGAUCAGUACACUUAUAAUGCCAUUUUCAAUGCUCUUGUCCGUGCAGGGAGGACAACGGAAGCAGAAGAAUUUAGGGAAAAUAUGAUUCAGGCUGGCAAGUUACAGGAUCAAUCCUCACAGCUUGAAAAGACUGUAACAGAUGAGACUGAUGUGGCUGGAGUGGAGUCAAUUUCUUACGGUAAAGACUUUUUAGAGAAGAUAAAUCAACUGUGUAAGGAAGGUAGGUACAAGGAAGCGAUGGACAUAUAUCAAGAGGCUACCCACAAAGGAGUUGCUGUUGAUAAGACAACUUAUUUCACUUUGAUUGAGGGCCUCCUGAAGAGAAGAAAAGCCUUAUCAAAGGGAGCUCAUUGACAUCAGAUGCUUUGAUGGUUUCUCAUGACCAAAUUGCUUUCACAGAUGAGGCAUUUAGAUGUGAAUCAUCCUAUAACUGGGCUGAGUGUCACAAGGUUCGCUGUGAAGCUUUUCCUGUAACAUGUUAACAUGUAUCAUGAAUGGCAAGGUUCCAAUUCGAUAUCAUGACCACCAUUGUUGAUUGCAUCUGAGAAGUUGGUGUUUUAGAUGAGCGUUCUAUGUAGUUUUCUGAGAAGAAAGUUGUUACAUUAAUCAAGAGGUCUGCAACUACAGUUGGGUCCUUGUUGAGCUGAAAGGUUGAGUGAGAUUGCCUGAGCAUGGUUUUACCGCCAGUGUUUCUUCGCGGUAAUUGGACAGCACCAGGUAACACUGCACUGUUAUUUUGCUCUAUCAUCAACUGCCUUACUUGAACUUCGGAAGCUGGCAUUUCCUGGAGAGACCUGUAAGCGCACCUUUUUUCCCUCACCUUUGGUGUGUUAUAAAUCGUUUGCUGUUGUUACACAAUGGACGCCACCAAGUUUUUGAGUAGUUUGAAGUCAGGAACAACCAUUCGUGGACGGUCUUUUAAACAUUUUAUGGAGAUCUUGGCUAUGUAACCCAGACGGUACUCGUAUCAGAAUUGGGUUCAUGCCCAAGUGUCCGACUUGGCAAUUCCUUGAAAGUUUUGCGUGAUUUAGGCCCAAAAUGGAGUGAGUGUUUAUAUUCAUGUUGGAGUGUUGAGGGUCGGACAUGGGUACUUAACGUAAAAUGAAGAGUCCAAGUAACAUGAUAUCUUAUGGCUAGGUACGAGAAUUAACGACUAAUGUAUGUCUCUUUGCACAUUUUUCUACAAAUUGCAAAGGUUAGAAGCACAACCCAAUAAGGAUCUCCCAUUGGUGUCCUCUUGAUGGCGAGAACAUCAGGAAGUGGUUAUUUUGCUGAGUACACCAAGGUGUUGUUUGGUUGACAUCCAAUUAUUUAGGAAUUGCAAGUUCCUAGGAAGUGCAAAUAUAAGAAGUUGUUUGUUUAACUAGAGCAUAGGAAGUGGAACUUCGUAGGAAGUUCAACUUCCCACACAAUGGGGGAAGUUGCUUACCUAGUCCCCCGUAAGUAAGUGUCACUUCUCAUGGGAAUUCCAUCUUCCCAUAGCCUACCAAACAAUUUUGCUUACUUCCUAGGAAGUGAAAUAUCACGGGAAGUGAAAUUUCAUGGGAAGAUCAACUUCCCAAAUGCAACCAAACGAUACCCAAUACUUCUAGAAGAAGAGAGUAAAUUAAUAGUUUGAGUAUAGUGAUUUUUUAUGUAAGUCUAAACACUUGGUCUCUUGAAUACUUUUCUUAGCUCAUGAUUAGUUUUCCUUGUUUUCUGGCUAGCACUGCAGUAUGACAUUUUCACAGUUUAAGCUUUACCGAUUUGCUGUUUUUUUCAGUGAUCGAUCUAGAAAAACAUAUUAGUUGGUAUAAAAUAUUUUUUUCCUUA